CCAGCAGCAGCUGGACAUAGCAGAGGAGCUGCAGGACAGAGCUGGCAAAGGGACGCGCUUCAUCCAACCUGGGUAUAAUCCACCAGAUGAAGGGGGAGUACGAUGCAGCGUUGAAGCUCCACAAGGCCCACCUGUGUUUGGUCCAGGAGCUGGGGGACCAUGCUGCUCAGGGCAGGGCCUAUGGGAACAUGGGCAAUGCCUACAACGCUCUGGGGAUGUACGACCAGGCUGUGCGCUACCACCGGCAGGAGCUGCACAUAUCACUAGAGGUGAAUGACCGGCCCUCCCAGGCCUCUACCCAUGGUAACCUGGCUGUAGCCUAUCAGGCUCUGGGCGCUCACGACCAGGCUCUCCAGCAUUACCUGCACCACCUGACCAUCGCACGCGAACUACGAGACACACAGAGCACGGCCAGGGCACUAGGUAACCUGGGUAACUUCCACUGCUGUAGAAGGGAGUAUGUCCAGGCGGUUCCCUACUACCAGCAGUACCUGACCCUGUCACCUCAGCUACAGGACCUGGAGGAAGAGGGCAAGGUCUGCCACAACCUGGCCUACACACACUACUGCCUGGGACAGUACAGAGAGGCCGUCAGGUAUUAUGAACAGGACCUGGCCCUGGCUAAAGACCUGGGGGAUAAGUUGUCCCAGGCUAAAGCCUACUGUAACCUGGGUCUGGCCUACAAAGCCCUGGGGGAAUACAACAAGGCUGAGGACUGUCAGACAUACCUGCUGUCCCUGGCUCAGGUUCUCAACAACACACAGGCUGUGUUCCGUGCCCUGGGGAACCUGGGGGAUGUGUGUGUGUGUCGGGGUGACGUGGCCGGGGCGGUGAGGUUCUACCAGCAGCAGCUCACCCUGGCUCAGGAGGUCAAAGGCCACAAAAUGGAGGCCGACGCAUACUCAGCGCUAGGCUCCGCCCACAGACUCCUCCGUCAGUACGACCUGGCCCUGUCCUUCCACCAGCAGGAGCUGUCUGCCCGCACCGCUCUAGACGACCAACAGGGGCAGUGUGGUGCUCUGGGCCGCCUGGCAGCCGUCCACAUGGCCCUGACGGACUACGCCACAGCCUUCCAGUGCUACCAGGCCCAGCUCACCCUGGCACAGGGCCUCAGAGAUGCCCGCRUGGAGGCACAGGUCCAGGGCAACAUGGGCAUCGCCAAGAUGAACAUGGGCGUCCUGGAGGAGGCCAUUGGGUAUUUUGAGCAGCAGUUGGCCAUGCUGGAGCAGCUGAGUGGGGCUGAGUGUGUGCUGGACAGAGGCAGGGCCUAYGGGAACCUAGCAGACUGUUAUGACUCUCUGGGAGACUUUGAAGAAGCUAUAAAGUACAGUGAGAUGUUUCUAACCGUGGCUCAGAGUCUCAACCAUGUUCAGGACCAGGAGAGAGCCUACAGGGGACUGGGCAACGCACACAG